GUAAAAAUCAUGAUUAAUUUUUGUGAUCAACCAUUUUCAUAGACUGAUGAACCUCGAAACGGUUUUGAUGCUCUAAUCCAUUGUGCGUUUUGGUGUUUCGGCGCCAAAUCCCAUUUACACGCGCACGUACCUCCUCUUCUUCUCCCUGUUUCUAGAUAAAACCUAGGCAAAGAAAACAACAAAUCGAUUCCCCUUUCCCCUUUUCGAUCUUCAAAUCGAUGCAUAUCUAAACAGUUUUCUCUCUGUAACUUCUUCUCUUUGCUCUAGAGGGAGAAAGUGGAGAGAGAGGGAGGAAAUGGCGAUGGUUGAUCAUCAAUCCAAAACCUGCGUUGUUCUGGGAGGUAGAAGCUUUGCUGGGAGAUGUCUUGUUGUGAGGUUAUUGAAGCUAGGUAAUUGGAUCGUUCGAGUUGCCGGUUCCGCUCACUCCCUUCAGCUUGAUCCUUCCGAUUACGAUUACGACUUGCCUUUGAACCGUGCUCUCUCUACUGGUCAUGCUGCCUAUUUCCAUGUUGAUGUGCGCAGCAGAAGAUCCGUCAUCAAUGCUAUUGAAGGUUCAUCAGUUGUGUUCUACAUGGAUGAAGAUGAUUCCUGCAAUCUUGAUUUCUAUUCUGGGUACACGGUAAUUGUUCAAGGUGUGAAAAACGUCAUCAGUGCUUGUCGGGAACGCAAAGUUAAACGAUUAAUAUACCAAAGUACUGCAGACGUAGUGUUGGAUGGUUUACAUGAUAUACAUAAUGGAAAUGAGAGACUUUUAUAUGCUACAAAAUUUAAGAAUGUAUAUAGUGAACUUAAGGCUCAAGCAGAGGCACUUGUUUUGCAUGCUAAUGAUAUGGAUGGCCUUGUUACAUGUGCUCUUCGCCCUACCAAUGUUUUUGGACCUGGAGACAAUCACCUUUUGCCAUCUCUGGUUGAUGUUGCAAAAUCUACUUGGGCUAAGUUUAUUAUAGGAAGUGAUGGAAGCAUGUCUGACUACACCUAUGUGGAAAAUGUCGCCCAUGCCCUUAUCUGUGCAGAAGCUGCUUUGUGCUCUCGUAUGGUUGUUGUUUCUGGAAAGGUAUUUUUCAUCACUAAUCUUGAGCCAAUGGGCUCUUGGGAAUUUUCCUUACGCAUACUGGAGGGGUUAGGUUAUUUCAGGCCAAUGGUCAAACUUCCUCCUGUGGUUGUCAAUUUGAUUGUUUAUCUCAUUAAAUGGAUGCAUUCAAAUACAAACUCAAGAAACAUAAGUAAAUCUGUCUCAGUUCACAAUGUUGUCCAAUUAAUGUCACACACUACAACCUUCGAUUGCUCUGCAGCCCAACAACACCUUGAAUACUCACCUGUUGUCUCACUGGAUGAAGGUAUCACAUCAACCAUUGAAUCAUUCUCUCAUUUAGCAAAAGGCUCAGCUUCCACAAUUUAUGAUGUACUUAAUGAACAAUCAAAAAUGGAGGAACUACUAGGUGGCGGGGAAGUUGCAGCGAUUUUGUUAUGGAGAGAUGAGAGGAAAUCAUUCGUAUGCUUUUGUGGAGUGGUUUCUGUGUUCUACUGGUUUUUUCUUUCUGAAAGAACAAUUGUCUCAUCUAUUGCUCUGAUGCUGUUGGUUAUCACAAUUUUUCUAUAUGGAUAUGCUUCAUUCUCUGAUGCAAAUCCCCAAAUGUCUACUCAACUUUCUAGGUAUUUACGUUUUGAGGUCUCUGAAACUGGUAUGAAGAGUUGUGUGAAAGUUAUAGCAAACAUUUGGAAUGAAGUAGGUCGUGUUACUAGAUCAUUGGCACAAGGAAAAGACUGGAAUUUGUUUUCAAAGGUAGUAGCUUCGCUUUAUCUUUUCAAGUUGCUUAUUGUCAACUCUUUCCCCAACUCAUUGGGAGUAGCGUUGGCUUUUUCGUUUAUUAUGUUCUUUGUUUACGAGCAAUACGAAGAGGAAAUUGAUGGCAUAAUAGGGAUUUUAAUGGAGCUUGUGAGACAAUUAAUGGUAUUUGUGAUGAGUCAUCUACCCUUGAUAUCUGCUCUACAUAAAACCACCACUAGAUCUUCAAUGAGAUAAAUGUAUUACCUCUUUCAAAUUAUCCAAAGUUUGGAAGAUUAUGAGAUAUUUUAGCAACAAAUAAUCAAUCUCUAGACCUUUUUUUUUUCUUCAAGUUUCUUGCAAAUAUGAGAAUUGUGUUAAAUUGAACUGGUUGGAUAACAUGAUAGGUUAGAAGUGCUGACAAAACUUGACUUUGCAUAA